AUGAGACGCGAGUACAUUUUUAUUCGACAUUUAAUUUGGUUCUUUUUCCUUCUAUAUUUUGAACAUCUUUACGUAAACACAGAAGAUUUGACAGACGAAUAUUCGAAAGGAUGCGCUCAUUUACGUUGCGAGAACGGCAGUCGAUGCAUCAGGCGGAGAUUUUGGUGCAAAAAUCCACCUUGUCCCGGAAUGUUAUAUUGUUCCAAAUCCAGAAAAGAAUCACUUAAAGGACCUUUAACGUGCGACACUGUUCGUUGCAGCAGAGGAUACGUAUGCAUGGUUAAAGUUCGAGAUUGCCACUGGGAUGAAGAAUGCAAGCAACAAAUAGCGCGCUGCGUAUCAGAGAAGGAAUAUUACGAGGGUGCAGCUUCCUGCGCCGGUUUCAAGUGUCCUUCCGAAAAACGCUGCAUCUUGCGAGAAAUCUAUUGCGUCAAUCUACCCUGCAAGCUCAUCAGAAGCUGCGUGAACGCAACAGACGCGGAGAUUUGGUUCGAUGAAUGUAGAAAAUUGAACUGCACCUCCAAGUACGAGUGUUUCUUACGACGACCAGGAAACAAUUGCCGUGAUUCAUGGUGUGCGCAUACACCUGAUUGCACACUCACUGUCGAAGACGAGUUAAUCAACAAGCACUGCCACGGCUGGAUCUGUCCGCGAUCGCAAAAAUGCGUAGUACGAAUUACAGGUUUUUGCAAAGGUUUUGACUGUACCGUCGAGAGAUCGUGUCGUGCAUUUGUGAUAUCGUCUGUCCAACCCGACGCGAAUACGAAUAACAAGGUCAUCGAGCAACCCCCGAUCAUAAGAACCUUGAUACAAAUGGAAAGCGAACUGACUCGUCAAGAACUGGAAAGAAAAAAUAAUUCACAGAUGAGUUUUCCAAUUACAGGGAAAAAGCCGACUUUGACGACUUCAACGCGAACAUCAAGUUUACGUCAUACGACACCCACAAAACAUGACACGGAAAUUUUAUUGACUCAUCGACAAGCCGUAACGACGAGAUCAAAUAUAAUCACAAAAUCAUUCAAAUCGACGCUGCCUUAUCCUCAAUCUUGGUGGAAUUAUAAUAAACUAUCAACAAACAAUAUCACUGAGACUACUUCUAAAUUCGCUGACUUGUCGAGUGCAACUUUUCCGACUAAUUUACUUGUCGAAGAAAGGACAGAGUCAACUACGUCGCGUGAUAUGAAGCAAUUAGAGAUACAAAAAGAGAUCUAUAUAGCGAGCAAAGACGCAUUGUCAUUUCCCAUGGUGUUGGAAGGCAUUAAUUUUAUCAGACAAAAUUAUCCGAUCUGGAUAAAAAAUUCGUAUCGCACGGUAUUGUUGGAAAUAAAGGACGACGAAAAUGGCGACGCAUGGGGAUAUCACGCGCCACAAGAGCCGUAUAAGAUUUUAUUGCCGCCAUACGAACCGGUAAUCCUCAUCGAGGAUACGAGGGAACGAGGGCAAUUCUUUCCGUUUUUCACUUAUCCUUUUAACAAAGCGGCAGUUUUAAUAUCCUUGCCAGAAAUAACAUCUAUAGAUACAACGGUAGCUUCAAAGGAUAAUAUUUUGACAAUGGUGGACAACAAGAUUGGUACUCAUAUCAACGAUUCCGCAACUAUUAUAGCAAAAAACUCCAAGACGAAUUAUUUCGAUGAUUUGUCCGGUUAUUAUACAAAUUUUCCCGCAAUGGAAAAAAGAAACAUUACUUCGCCAAAUAUUUACAGAACAGACAAUUACUAUGACGUGAGUACGCUUCAAGGGAUUAGACACAUUGUAUUUUCCGUAAGGCUAGAGAAUUGGUGUAAUAAUGAUUUACUCCAUUAUACUCGAGCCAUACAGGACUACGUGGCCAAUGAUAAUCUUGCGACGUUCAAUUCGUCUGUUACAACGGGACAAAGCGAUUACAGUUCUCGAGACGAGAAACUUUAUGGCCUUGCAAACUAUCCUUACGACAUAAUAUCCGUUGACGACAUCGACAAAUCAGAACGCGAAUAUGAAGGAUCUCCGUUGAAUAAGAUUUUGAACAUUUCAUUAAACGAAGAGGGGAAUCAGUCGGAUAUUCCAUUCGCGUUUCCUUUCGAUAAGGCAGACAAGGAAACGAAUGUAUGAUAAUAUUAUACUCGAGGCAUCUCCUUAUGCUUGUAAUAAUAAUGACGAAAGAAGGAGAGAGAACCAUAUGAAUGUAUAAUGAAUAUUAAAGUCACGAUAGCUACGACAAUAGUAUCGAAAUAACGGAAUCGUGAUGGGAAACGACUUCGUUUGAACGCAAUUGAAUGCUCUUUAUUACCUCUUUAUCGUUGUAUUUUCUCUUCCUCUUUCAUGACGAAGAUUAUUUCUGUAGAUGCCAGGAUUUAUACAAUUAUCAAC